GAAACCCAUUUCUCGGUGGUGGUGGUCAGCGGCCGCUUCGCCGGGUUGCCCCCGCUGCAGCGGCAUCGCCUGGUCCACGCCGCCCUUCGCGCCGAGCUGGCCGGACCCCUGCACGCCCUCGCCAUCGUCGCCAGGACCCCCCAGCAGUGGGAGAGCGACCCCCACGUCCCCCCCCGGCCCCCGUGUUUGGGGGGCUCCAAGCAGGAGCGGCGCGGGGCCGCGGCCG